AUGGUGACUACUCGUAAGGUUGUGCGUCGUGGUUCUCGAGCUACUGCAUCAAGUCGUCGAACAAUAAAUCGUCAAGAUUCAUCACCCGAAGCUCCGUCUUCACCUGAAGCUCCGUCGUCUCAGAAUCUCAGAAAUCCUCCGCCGGUGGCUGCACAUCCUCCACCAAUUGCUCUGGAUAGCAUUCAUUCACCGUACUAUCUGACAAGCGGUGAUAAUCCAGGUCUUGCUCUUAUCUCUGAGGUUCUAGAUGGAACAAAUUAUGAUGAUUGGCGUAUUGCGAUGAUGACUGCUUUAGAUGCGAAAAAUAAACUUGCCUUCAUAGAUGGAUCUAUCUUGAAACCAGCUGAAUCAGAUCCGAUGUUUAGAAUCUGGUCUCGUUGCAAUAGUAUGGUAAAAUCAUGGAUCUUGAACUCGGUAGACAAGCAGAUUUACAAGAGCAUUCUUCGUUUCGUUGAAGUUUCUGAGAUCUGGAAAGAUUUAAUGACUCGUUUUCAUAUCACGAAUCUUCCAAGAUCGUAUCAAUUGUCCCAACAGAUAUGGUCUCUUCAACAAGGAACGAUGAAUGGUAUGGCUUUCUCUUCUUCUACAUUACGUUUUGUAGGGAUUUUGAAAGCUACUGGAAAUGUCUUGUCCUCUGAAUCGUGGAUAGUUGAUAGUGGUGCUACACAUCAUGUUUGUCGUGAUAGAAGUCUCUUUACGAAUAUUUCUGAUGUGAUGGAUGCAUCAGUAACAUUACCUACAGGAUCAGGAGUGAAAAUAGAAGGAGUUGGACAGAUUGAAUCUUCUCAGUAUUAG